UGCCGCAGGUUUCUCCAUGAAGUUCCACGUUGCCAAACGUUGAUGCCACCGUUAUGUAGUGUGUACCCAUAAUUCCUAUUGAGGUGGUGGGGGGACUAAUGAUAGUAGGCCAGUUUCUCCUUUCCUUACUCGCCCGGUGUGCUUUGGUCGGGAUUGUGACGUGUGGCAUGUGGAAGAAGUGAGGAGUGGAUUUUAGAGUAUAUUUGAUCGCGAAUAUUGCAGUCAUGAAGAAUUUAUUCUUGCUGGCCCUACUUAUUCUUCCAGCUGUUAUUUUGACUGUGGACAAUGGAAGCAAAACUCUUUUUGCUGUUGCGGAGGAUGAGGAUAUAGAAGAUGAAAUGGUGGACGUUGAGGGAGAAAGUGAAGAAACAUCUGUCACCGACGAGGGGACUGAUGACGAUGAGGCACAGCCAGGAGCUUCUUCUGAUGCAGACACCACGAUUUUGUUCACGAAACCUACGCAGUCUACCUCUGGGAAUCUUGAACUGCCUGCAGGGAAUAUUGUGGAGUUCUUAGUUGGCUUCAAUAAUAAGGGAAAGCAAGAUUUUAUAUUAGAGACUUUGGAAGCAUCUUUCAGAUAUCCAAUGGAUUUUACUUUCUAUAUUCAAAACUUUUCCACAAUUGUCUACAACAGAGUUGUGAAACCAAACCAUGAAGCCACUUUGGCAUACUCGUUCAUCCCUGCGGAAGCUUUUGCUGGACGUCCGUUUGGCCUGAACAUUAACCUGAACUACAGAGAUUUGGCUGGCGGUGUGUAUCAAGAAGCUGUGUACAAUGAAACUGUCCAAAUUGUGGAGUUAGAGGAGGGCUUGGACGGAGAAACAUUUUUCCUGUAUGUGUUUCUGGCUGCCUGCGUGGUUUUAUUGCUGGUUCUUGGCCAGCAGUUCCUGUACUCUGUUGGGCGCAAACGUGUGGGCAGGAAACCAGUUGUUGAAACUGGCACCUCAAACCCCAAUGAUGUAGAUUAUGACUGGCUACCUAAAGAAAUGCUCAACACACUUAAAAAAUCACCUCGCACACCUAAGCAGAGUCCCAGGCAAAGAAAAGCGAAGAGAUCUGCUGGUUUUGACAACUAGAUUGUUUGUGAGUGGAAGUGGGCUCAUUUAACACCCCGCUGGAUGUCCAGAAAACUGAACACCCUACCUCCUGUCGCUACACACAGCACCACCGAGUCAUCACUCACCUUAUCAAAAAUACUCUCCUUGGGGUGCAGUAUUGUGUAGGUGCCUAAGCUGUUUGUAUAGGAGCAAUUGGAUUGCUUUCUAUUCCGCCUUCCUGUCAAUGGAAUCCUGCAACUUUAUAUUUUCCCCUGGGAAUUAGCAAAUUAAAGCAUUAAGGUGCUCUACCUAUUAUAAGACUGUAAUUGAUGAAUUGGUUCAAGAAACACACCUUAAUGCUUUUGUGGGUUGUUACAUUAUUUUAUUUAAGAAUUUUUAGUGUUGUGAUUUUUGUUGUUGCAUGCUAUGUGGAUUCCGUGUGUAUGUGUGAGUAAGUGGCUGGAAGGGUUGUGCAAUUGUGAUGAAGAAAGUAUCACUGCCCGGUGCACAUAUGCAGGGACUGGAAGUGUUGAAAAUUAAUCUUUAUAUAUAUUGUACUUGAAAAGCUGAGUUUUAGAUCCUAAUUGUGGGUGUGGAUUGGUAUCAUUGUAUGGUGCUAAAAAGGACAUUAAAACGAUUUGUCGAAAAUAAAAU